AUGGAUAAAAAUGCAAAGAAAAACUCUUCUUCAAGCGCCCUCAGGAUAACCGUUCAAAACUCUAAUUCUUCUUCAAACGAUAUGAAUAAAGAAUCUCAGAAGAGGAAAGCUUCACACAACAAAGAAGCUUCCGAUUACGUCACCCCUUUAACAACAAUUCAAACUUCUGAUACUAAUGCCUCUAUCACCACAAUUCAAACUUCUGAUGCGAAUAUUUCUGUCACCUUUGAAGAGCUUUUUCCUGGUGAAAAGGAAAGUGAUGUUGAUCAAAGGAUAGAAGAUGCCCCUAUUAUUGCCUCUUCAAAUUCAUUGGGUGUGAAACGGACUUCUUCUCCAUUCAUCCAUACCGAUUCACAACCAAAUUCUGCUAAUUUAUCUGUCCCUACAGAUUUCACUAUUCUUUCUCCUCCUAUAUCCAUCCCUUCUUCUUCAUCUUAUUAUCUUUUAUUAAAUUCCCUUUCUCUUAGAAAAAAAGCUUGGGAUAGUGUGAAUUUCCCUUCUCAAACUCUAUCCGACAUCAUCAACUCUACUCAAUCCUCUACUAGUGACCCUUGCAAACUUCGCAUUUGCUCUGCUCUGAAUAAACUUCUGUGCGAAUUUCCCUCUGAUGGAGCUACAAGAGAUGAGAUCCAUUCUCAAAUUGAUCCAAGUUUCCAUACUAUUCUAGAUGUCUUGGAACUUUUGCAACAAAAUGCUUCCUUGGAGAAGGAAGUCAAUAGAUUGAAAGUAGAACUUCAAGCGGUCCAGAAGCAGAGGGGAGAACUUCAAGUUGCAAAUCUUGAUGCUGACAACCUUCGCAACCAAAACCAAGAACUUAGGGAUUCUGAAAGGUCACACCAAUCUACUAUUGCUCAGUUGAGGUCUGAUUUAUCCAAAGUUCAGAAAGAGCAUAUGAACCUGGAAGCAUCUCAUGCGAACCUUGAAUUUUUUUUUCUGCUUCUCGAGACAGAGCGCGAAGAAUACUCCAACUCUCUUCCUGCGGUAAAGAUUCCUCCUCUUAAUGUAAGCGAAGAUGAAGAGUACCCUGAAACGGAUAGUGACUAUGAACUUGUGAGCGAUGAUGAGAAGGAUCAAGAGGAUGAAGAGGAUCAAAUUGAGAAGUACAAGUAUGUUGAUAAGACUAAUGCUGAAACUGAGAAUCCUAGACCCAAUACUGAUGCUGAAAAGUCUUUGGUCGAACAAGAUGUAGCUGCUGAACAUGUUUAA